AUGGAUAAAACUGCGUUAGAUUUUCAACAUUUUGAACCCAAUGAUGGGCCUUCAAGAAAUAACGCAGCUAUUUUAGAUCUUAGUCAAGGCAAUUUAUUUCAGCAGUCAACAGAUAAUUCUGAUGGUUUAGAAACAAAAUCAAAUGAAAACAAUACAAAUUCUUUUUGGUCAUUUGAAUAUUAUCAACAGUUUUUUGAUGUAGACACUGAACAAGUGAAAAAUCGAAUUAUAUGGGGAAUGAUUCCUAGACCCGGAAUAAGUUAUUUUCGAAACGUCAUAAAACCCAAACCGGAUUUAUACGGUCCUUUUUGGAUAUCCGUUACCCUUAUAUUUACAAUCGCAGUUAGUGGCAAUGUGGCAAAUUACUUGCAAUUUGCUCCAAUGGGAAAUUAUAGGUGGAAAUAUGAUUUUCAUAUAAUAUCUUUUGCUGCUACUGCUAUAUUUAUGUAUGCAUUUUUAGUGCCACUAUUAUUAUGGAGUUUUAUCAAGUGGAAUGUCUCAUCUUUACAAGAUGGUCCAGCUGUAACAUUUUUAGAGCUAUUAUGUGUGUAUGGGUACUCGCUUAGUAUAUAUGUUCCUGUUUCAAUUUUAUGGGUUAUUCAAAUUUCUUGGUUUCAAUGGACUUUAGUUUUAUUAGGUGCCACAAUGUCUGGAUAUGUUCUUUCGACAACUGUUGCACCAGUAUUAGCAGGCCCGAAAAAAUGCUUUGUUUUAUGCUCUGUAUUAGCACUUCAUUUUGUACUUGCUGUAGGAUUUAUGUUGUAUUUUUUCCAUGUACCUUCAAUGAAACCAUCCAUUACUAUUCCUAAUCUUGCGUCAAACUUAUCAGGAUCAAGUGCUUGA